CCUCCCCAAAGUCCCGGAAAAAUGGUGCAAUUAAGUCCAAACCAUUGACGGGCGUUUAACGCCGUCUUCAAAUUUUUUUUUUUUUUAUUUUCGUUGGGCCCCACGGCCCCAAACAACGGUAUUAUAUUUAGGAUUUAGGGUUCAAAUAGUAGGAACCCUAAUUUACGAACGAUCUUGCAGGAAAUUGAGAGAAAUCGACAAGAUUUUCUGCAAUUGGGUUAGGGUUUGUUGAGUAUACUAGGAUUCGAGCUAUUAUCAUGAGUUCCAGCUCAGGAUUCGGGUCAUCCUCGUCGCGUGGUAGACAGCAGAUGAUGAACGACGUUGAGGUUAGGCAUUGUCGUUGUAAAUUUGAAGGCAAGAGGUUGGAAGCUAAGAGAAUGACUUCAUGGACCGAUGAGAACCCUGGGAGAAGGUUCUACGGGUGUCGAAAUUGGAAGACCCAAAAUUGUGGUUUCUUUGAUUGGUAUGACGAACCAAUGUGUGAAAGAAGUCGGGAAGUUAUAAAUGCAUUGAAGAAGGAAAACACCAAGCUUGUAAAGCUGCAUGAAACUUCGAAGCCCCCCAUGGAUUUGGAAGCUGAAAUUGAUCAUCUUUGGUCAGUGAUUGCAAGUUGGAAAGAAGAGUCAAGGGGUGUUAGAAGGAGAAGCCGUUUUCUUUGCAUUUUUCUGAUUAUUUCAUGGUGUGUGAUAAUCAAGCUUCUUAUAUAGCAUGAACUUUGUGAAAUGCUAUGGAAAUUACUGUAAAUCUCC